AACACGACGCGCAACCACCAGCACAUCGACUUACAGUAUAUCUCAUAGAUACUCUCACCUACAUUACCCAUCCAACUAGAACAGUUCAAAAAUGUCGGAUGAGAAGGAACCCAAAGGCUUCCGCACCAAGAUGAUGUCGGUCCUCACUAAGCUCGCUCACGGCUCAGCGCCUUUUCUCUCCGUCUUCUUGCUCGUGCAUCUGUCUGCGCCUAUUUCAGCGAAUGUCGGCGGCUCGCAUGCAGCCUCGAACAUGAUGCUCCUCGGCCGCGAGUACUACCAGACCGAGCUCGGCGAGAAAGCACUCUGGGUCGCUCCGCUCGCCAUCCACGUCCUCUCUGCCUCCGUCAAGCGCCUCAUCGCGCCUACCCGGCUCCGCCCCCUCCGGAGUGCGCUCACCGUCUCCGCAUGGAGCGCGCUCAUCUUCUACCCCGUGCACGUCGCACUACACCGCCUCAUUCCCGAGGACGUGACAAUGCCCAUCGGCGCCGUCGGCCCCUCCGAGCUCGACUGGGAGUUCGUCAAAACCGGACUCGCGCGCUUCCCCAUCCAGAACUGGGCGUUGUAUGCGGGCCUAAUUGCCAGUAUUGCGACGCACUGGAUGGAAGGCGUUAACAUUCUUCGUGCUACAUAUAUGCGCGGUAUGCAGGGUCUGGGACCACGCGGACGCAAGGUCGCGGCGGCUGCCGUUGCGCUGCCUGUCCUUACGGGCCUGUGGUUCGUUUCGAAGGAGCCGCUGCUCGCGUUUGGAAGCUUGAUGGAGAGAUACGAGGCGGUAUUCUUGAAGGUGCCUUUGUUCCAAGUGAAGCUUUGAUCAAUCUCGGAGAACCCAAGCGCAUAGUGCAAUACUGCCUAUAAUAUGAUGAUACCUGUUUCAUGAAUUUCAUUGUAAUUAUUACUGUUCUAGCGUUAAUUGAACAUGUACCUGUGAGAUCUAAAAUGG